UUUCAUGUUUCACACUUUAUUUUAUUAAAAUUAUAACGAAAAUCUGUAAAUUAUAUAAAAUUUAUAAACUAUUGUAGAUUAUUUUUUUUAUUUAGCGUUUUUUGUAAAUUAUAAUAGAUUCCCAUAUGUAUCACUAAAUCGCCCUAAUAAAUGUUAAAAACAUGAGAUAUGCCCAGAUAGUCUUGGGUCCUGCUGGGAGUGGGAAAACUACCUACUGCAAGGUGUUCCAGGACUAUCUAUUUUCCUGUAAAAGGAACUGCUACAUAGUUAACCUUGACCCAGCAACAGAGGACGGCUUGGAAUUUGAAAAUGAGAAAAACAAAAAUAAAACCAAUUCAAGCAAAUCUAGUAACGGUAAAGUCAACCCUUUUGAUACUGAUAUUCGGGAUUUUGUCGAUAUUGGAUCAAUAAUUGAGGAGGAGGACUUAGGACCAAACGGCGCUUUGGUGAGGAGCUCAGAACUUCUGGCUGAAAAUUUAGAGUGGCUUUCAGAACAACUUGAAUCAACUUACUCCGACGAGUCCUAUCUUUUGUUUGAUACACCGGGUCAAAUCGAGUUAUUUCUCCACAUUCCAUACGUAAAGACUAUUUCUGAGCUCUUGAAACGCCUAAAUAUUAAUUGCUUGGCUGUUUACCUAUUGGACGUCUCAUUCAUGAAUGACCCUGCCAAAUUGAUUUCAGGCUCACUUGCAGGACUUGCUGCCAUGGUUAAUCUUGAAAUGCCUCACAUAAAUGUUUUAUCAAAGUGUGAUUUAAUCUGUGAUCGUAACAACAAGAUUUCUAGGAACCCGUUCAUUGACGUAACAAGCAGUACCUUCGGAUUUUCACCAAAUGAUCUCCAGUUUCAAAAAUUACACAUAUCUAAUCCUAUUUCAAACCCCGAUGACCCUGAAUUUGACCCAGAUUCAGAUAAAAUGGAUUAUUCUGAGUUUUACGAGGUUGUAAAUAAGUCUAGCAAUGAUCUCAUCGACAGUUUGGAUAAACACCUUCCCAAGACUUACAGAAGACUCAAUGUGGCAUUUGCCUCACUUUUGGAGGAUUUUGAUCUCGUUUCAUUCAUGCCUCUUAACAUAAACGAUGAGGAAUGCUUGGAACAGCUUUUAGUAGCUACGGACGUCGCAUUACAAUUUGGUGAGGAGGCUGAACCUUCAGCUAAAUUCGACCUAUCUGAUACUAUUUAAUCUUGUCAAUUUUAAUUUUAAACUAAUUUUUAUAAUAAAUAAA